GAAAAUGGUCACUAUUAGUAUGGUGGUCCCCACUGUACUUGAUUUAAACACUCAUCUGCUCCAAAUAUCAGAGUCACAAAGUCAUUGCCGGCCUCUAGCCACAUCCCUUCGGCAAUCACUUUUAAAGAGAUUCUCUGGGAUCUUUGUGAGAACCAAAAUGGUUGAGCAAAAUGGGAAAGAGGACCAGUUCAACCAUAAUGUCUAUUUCUUGGCAACAAUGCUUGAUCCUCAGUUUGGCCUGAACUGGGUUGAUCUAGAUGUAACCAACAAUGAGAGUCCAGAUUCGGUGAAGAAAUUCAGAGAGGAUCUGAAAAGAACACUUAUAGAUUCUUUGACUGCAGAAGUUGAGGCCACAGCAGAUGGAGACAUGCUGCAUUCUGGAGGUGAUGUUGAUGAAACCUCAGAUUCUCCUCCUGGCAAAUGCCCACGACUUCUAGCUCGCUAUCGAGCUCACAAGCACCUGAGUCACUCAGCUAAGGAUGCAUGCAUUUCAGCUCAGAUACACAAGUACUUUGAUGCCAUUCAAAACACAGACACAAAUACAGCACUUGAAUUUUGGUCGACAAACAGGGAGAAAUUCCCACAGCUUUACUCUCUGGUUGUAAAAGUGCUGUCUAUUCCAGCAUCCUCUGCACCAGUAGAGCGUGUCUUUAGCAAAGGUGGCCUCAUCGUGAGACCACAUCGUGCACGCUUAACUCAUAAAAUGGUCACAGCGCUUGUAUUUUUGAAAAGCAAUAUGGCCCUGGUUUAGUGCUUGACUGUGCACUAUAGUACUGUACAUUUCAUGUUCAGUGUUCAUUACAACUCAUGUUACAAGACCAGAGAGCUGUGUUCAGAAAGGAGUUUGUUGUUGAUUAAGCACCGUAAUAAAGCUUUAAGUUUGUUGUUAUGACUAGCUGAUAGAUUUAAACUCUAGUCUGAGUAUUUCCUCAGCCUAUUUAAAUGUGGGGGAGAGGCAUUAAAUAAUUGAAAUGUCAGCUUUAACUGGAGGAUAAUAUAUUGUGAUACAAUAAUAAAACGGGUUCAUUUGUAUUUUCAUGCACUUGUAAUACAAUAAAAGUUCUACAUAUAACCUUCUUUUCUUUGAAACCUUUUUUGAUAGGAAACUAGUUCUGUUGACAUAAAAUAAAAAUGUUCAAUGGCAAUGACAA